GAGUGAUCUAGAUAUUGGUCUCAAGAGGGAAGCUUUUCAAUCUUUACAUUUACGUUGGUCUCAACAAGAAAAGCCAUCUUAAGAAACUAAUUUACUACGCUGUUGUUUGAAUUAUGAUUUUUUGUUAACUAUCAAUUGAUUACUUAAAAUACCCGAAUAUCAAUCAAAAUGACUAAAUAUAUUUUACUUUGUGCAUGGCUGGUUACUUUUGUCUUGGGUCAACCAAGAACCUUUUUGUCACCAAGAAUUGAUCCUCUAUCUGAUCUUAUGAUCAACAAAAUCAACUCUCUUAACACUACUUGGAAGGCUGGCAGAAAUUUUCAUGGAAUAUCCAUCAACCAAAUCAAAAGACUUUGUGGAGUUAAGAAAAACAAACAGAACGAAGUAAACAUCGAACGAAUUAAAAUAAAUGUUGAACCCAAAAUACCAGUCCGAUUUGAUUCUAGGGAAGCUUGGCCAGACUGUCCCUCAAUUUCAUUCAUUCGGGAUCAAGGCAGCUGUGGAUCAUGUUGGGCCUUCUCGUCAGCCGAAGCUAUGUCCGAUCGUACGUGUAUAGGGUCAAAUGGUACACUUAAACUUGAGCUAUCAGCAGAAGAUGUAUUGACCUGUUGCACUGAUUGUGGUUUUGGUUGUAAUGGUGGUUUCCCUCCUUCAGCUUACCAGUAUUGGGUUACAAGUGGUUUGGUCACUGGUGGUCUUUACAAUGGAACCGGCUGUCAGCCAUACAAAAUUGCGCCCUGUGAGCAUCAUGUCCCUGGUCCAAGACCUGCUUGCACUGAGGUUGACACUCCUGCUUGUGAAAGAACAUGCCAAUCAGGUUACCCAAAAACUUUUCUCCAAGAUAAACACUUUGGUGCAAGAAGCUAUUCAAUUGAACGUGAUGUUGCUCAAAUUCAAUCGGAAAUUAUGAAAAAUGGACCAGUUACUGCUGCUUUCAGUGUUUACUCAGAUUUUGUUGUUUACAAAUCAGGUGUAUAUCAACGACACUCAAAAGAUUUGUUGGGUGCUCACGCAAUCAGGAUUCUGGGCUGGGGAGUUGAAAAUAGAGUUCCUUACUGGCUGGUUGCUAAUUCAUGGAACUCAGACUGGGGUGACAAUGGCUACUUCAAGAUUCGUCGGGGUAACAAUGAAUGUGGAAUCGAAGAUGACAUAGUCACUGGAUUACCAAAAGUUGAUUGAAAACCAAUUUAAGAAGAGAUUAUUAGAGUAAUUUUUACAUGUAUCUUGCUGAGCAUUUCCGUUGAUUUGACUGAAAUUAAAGCAAACUCGUUAUAUGUAAGAGUUUUUUGUCAAUCUCAUUUUCAUUGGAUUUCAUCUGAUCUAAUCAUCAAAUUUAAUUUAGAUCAAAAACUUUGUUGAUGAUCAGGUUUGGACAGUAUAAAUAUAAAAAAUGCUUUAAGAUGAGGUGAUUCUAACUUUUAAAAGCAUAAAGUAAAACAAAAUUUAAAUAAAAUUACAAUUUCAGCUUUAUUAA